AUGGCCAGCGGAAGGAUUUCGUGUACAUUGGCCCUGAUCAUAGUCCUAUGUACAGGGGGAGUUACCUCCCUGACUUCCGCAGAAAUUAGUUCCUUCAGUGUAAGUGGGAGCUACAGCGCAACAGUUAGUAUCGAUUCUACAACGUAUGCUUCUCAAAACAGAAUCGUGAUCAACGCUAGCGGAUUGCCGGAUCACGCUUGGCAGAUGGUCAACCCAAACACUCCCACAGAUCAAAAUCACGUGAUCAACGUCCUUAACACCCCGGAAGACCAGUCUUCUUAUGGUUGUCUCCCCAUGGGGAAAAUCGGAAUUUCCAAGACUGGUGUGGCAAUUUUUAACCCCUUGACGGCCGAAAAUUACAACGCUGUCGAGGGAAGUAACGCAGAGACGUUCGAUAGUUGUGAUGGACACGCAACAAACACGGGGGAGUAUCACUAUCAUAAAAUCCCAGGAUGUAUAUAUAAUAAAGGCGUGGACGAAUUCAUUGGGGUAGCUCUUGAUGGUUAUCCUAUAUACGGUCCAUUGGCUUCUUGGCACAACAGUGGCACCACCAACCUUACGACCUCUGACCUUGACAAAUGUCACGGGUCAGAUGGCAGUGGAAGUUACCGGUACUACAUGACUUAUGAUUGGCCCUAUAUUCUAGGCUGUUUCAAAGGAAAGGUUAUAGACAGAAGAUCGUCUACAAGUGUAUCCUAUACUUGUUCCAAUUCCAGUACAUCAUCAUUUGACAGCUCCUGGGGAUUUCUGUGUUCCUGUACCAAUUCCAAUGGUGCUGCUAAUGUCCGGAGGUCAAGAUUUGACGUCAUGCUAACCACUAUUUUGGCAAUGGUGUACAUGAACAAAAAAUGA